AUGGCGCUCAAUAGCGACGACUUUCCGGAUCCAACUGAUCCCGUAACAACAACGAACUCUCCUUUUGCAACCGAAAAGUUCAAGUCCAAGAGGCCAGGGAAAGUAGUGGAGGAAAGCACCGAUUUUUCGCUCUUGUUAUCGGAAACAUACUCUCCAGCAUCAAUGUCUUCAAAUGUAUACCAAUUGAAAGUGGCAUGGUUCAGUCUCAGAGCGAGCUUUUCGUCGGAUAAAGGUUCGUGGAAAGAUUCAAGAUCUUGGGCGUCCGGGCAGGAAAUCAGUUUGGCAAUUCUCUUGAAGCCAAUGAUCAUAUCUGCAGACAUGGACAAAGUAGUAGGGAUCAUGGAAAACUGA